AUGGAAACAUACAGGACAGCUAUCCAGGCAUACCACUCUCCCUUAAAGAAAGCUAAGGAAUAUCCACCCAUGCAGACCUUGUUGUUGGCUUACCAAUCUCUUGGAGUUGUAUAUGGGGACCUUGCCACUUCUCCUGUCAAUGUCUUUUCCUCUACUCGCUUGACAAAUCUCACUGAAGAUGAUUUACUUGGGACAUUCAGCCUAAUCUUUUGGACUCUAACGUUGCUUGUGUUAGUCAAAUAUGUCUUCAUCGUCCUCCAUGCUAAUGAUCAUGGAGAAGGCGGUACUUUUGCUCUCUAUUCAUAUCUCUGUCGCCAUAUCAAUUUCCAAAGCAAACUUAGUAUCCACAACGUUAGGAUGGAAUCUGAUGAGAGAAUGGAUUUUUACAGCCAAGAGAGUGGAAGUUCUCUGCGUUCAAAAACUAAGAAGUUCCUGGAGAGAAAUUCCGCAGCUCAAAAUGUUCUUACUUUUGUUGUUUUACUUGGAACUUGUAUGGUCAUUGGUGAUGGAGCUCUCACUCCUGCUACUUGCGUUCUCUCAGCCCUGCAAGGAAUUCAAUCUCUCUCUUCCAAGAUAAGUCAAGAUCAUGUGGUUCUCAUGUCUGUGAUUAUGUUGAUUGCACUUUUCACUUUUCAACGCUGUGGAACAAGCAAAGUUAGCUUCUGCUUCACACCCGUAAUGUUAUUGUGGUUUGUUACCAAUGUUUCAGUCGGUAUCUACAAUAUUUUGGAGUACUAUCCAUCCGUUCUUAAAGCCAUUUCUCCACACUACAUAGUGAAAUUUGUUUCAAGAAAUGGAAAGACUGCUUGGAAUCUUCUCGGUGCAGUAUUUCUAAGCAUUACAGGAGCGGAAGCCAUGUUUGCUGAUUUAGGUCAUUUCAAUAAAAGAGCAAUUCAGUUGGCCUUUUCUUUUGUAGUUUAUCCAUCCCUAGUUCUCAGCUAUGCCGGAGAAACGGCUUAUCUAGUGAGGUAUCCAGAGAAUAUCAACAACGCCUAUUACAGUUCCCUACCAAAGUCUGUUUACUGGCCAAUGUUUGUAAUCUCAACUCUAGCUGCCGUGGUUGCUAGCCAGUCCAUGAUAUCAGCAACUUUUUCCAUUGUAAAGCAAUCACUUGCUCUAGGAUGCUUCCCUCGAGUAAACAUUAUACAUACAUCCAAGCAUGAAGGACAAAUCUAUUCCCCAGAGGUAAACUGCAUCCUCAUGAUUCUUUGUGUCACUCUCGUUCUUGGAUUCAAAGGAGGUGUUGAACUAGCAAAUGCCUACGGGGUGGUGGUCAUCUGGGUCAUGAUCAUAACAACAUUCUUGACAGCAUUAGUGAUGCUAAUCAUAUGGAAGACAAAUAUCAUUCUUAUUCUGGCAUUUUUCUUGCCUUACAUAAUAAUUGAAGGUUGUUUCAUGACAUCUUUGCUCAAUAAAAUACCACAAGGAGGAUGGGUGCCAUUUGCUAUUUCUGCUUUCUUCUUGACUAUCAUGCUAUCUUGGACAUAUGGAAGAAGUAAGAAAAAAGAAUAUGAAGCAGAUAGAAAGAUGAGUUUACCUGAUCUAGACCAAAUGCUAUCAAGAUAUAGUACAUACCGAGCUCCAGGAAUUUGCUUCUUUUUCACUGAUCUUGGAAAUGGCAUUCCACCCAUAAUCCAUCAUUACAUUCAGCACACAAAUUCUGUUUGAGAAAUCCUGGUAAUUGUCACUGUUAGAACUCUUCCUAUCAAAACCGUCCUGGUGGAGGAACGUUACAAUGUGGGGAAGAUGGGAGUUGAAGGAGUUUAUCGGUGUUUGAUUCAGUUUGGAUAUAAGGAUUCUCAAAGCAUGGAAGGAGAUGACUUUGUUACUUUAAUGAUCACAAAACUCAAAGACCAAGCUGAGUCUACUAAUGAAAUACGAAAAAUAGAUGCAGCUGCUGAAAGAGAACCUGUUUUUGUGUUAGGAAGAACCAUUCUCAAAGCAAAUAAAGGUUGGUUUGCUCGCUUCACUAUAGAGUACUUGUACAGGUUUCUUCAGAAGAAUAGCAGGGCAGAUAUUUCUGCACUUCAAAUUCCACCAGAUAAAACACUUCAAGUUGGUAUGCUUUAUGAAAUCUAA